ACAAAUACAAACAGCUCGACGCAAAUACCAGCAUUUUAUUUCAUACUCGACCAGAGACUAACGUGCGCGUGAUCAUUGUCAAACUCGUGUGAUUACAUUUUCAAAUCGCGAAACAUUGUGAACAUGUGUCAUUGUUAACAAUUAUUGACAAACGGAAUUUGUAUUAAGAAAAUGGCGUCCGAAAUGACGUUCGCUAAUGCGUCCACGGACAGUGGACUCUCGGAAAUGGUAACGAACCACUUGAAAGGCGUCGGAAGAAUGUUCUACUUACACUCGCCAAAGGAACAAUUAUAUCAGAAACCAGAAGAUGUACCGAAUUUUUUUAGACAGUCGUAUCCAUACUUCCUUAUAUUUAUGAUAAUAGAACACAUAGUACUGAGGCUUGAAGGGAAGAAAGGCAUCCGUCUCAACGACGGCAUAACCAGCAUAUCACAUGGUAUUAUUCAAGAAUGUGGAAGGUUAAUAUGGCGAGGAGCAGAGUCAUAUUUGUACACCUGGAUAUACUCAAACUUCCGAGUUAUUGAACUACCGUGGGAUAAUACUCUGACUUGGUACGCGGCGGCAUUAGGCGUCGACUUCUGCUAUUAUUGGAUGCACAGAGCAUGCCACGAGGUGCACAUCCUGUGGGCUCAGCAUCAAGUACAUCAUACGUCUGAAGAUUUUAACAUGGGCGUUGGCAUACGACAGUCAGUUCUUCAAGGAUGGUGUGGAUUUAUAUUCUACCUUCCAUUAGCGCUGGUGAUACCACCCGCUCAGUUCAUAAUGCACCACCAGUUCAGUUAUCUGUACAUGUUCUGGAUCCACACGGAAGCUAUCAAGAGCUUGGGACCCUUGGAGUACAUCCUGAACACACCCAGCCAUCAUAGAGUCCACCAUGGUAGCAACAAAUACUGCCUUGACGUGAACUACGGUGGAGUCCUGAUUGUUUGGGACAGGCUAUUCGGAACUUUCAGGCCCGAGAACGACAAAAUUGAAAUCGUAUAUGGACUUAUAUACAACCAGCCCUCUUUCAACCCAAUGUAUUUACAAAUAUUCUACACGGGUUAUGUGGCCGAGAAGUUCCGUCGAUUAGAGACAUGGGGGGAUAAGAUUAAGGCCAUUGUCUGGGGUCCGAGCUGGGAACCGGGCACCCCGAGGCUUGGAGACGAAGAUAUGAAACUCGAUAUCGAGUUAAGGGAGAAAUACGACGUAUUUCUACCGGCCUGGUGUAAUUUCUACAUCGUCUUGCAUUACGCUGUGGUUUUGUACGGCUUCUUCGAAUUGUCUUCCAAGUAUAUGGGCAUGACACCAUUAUCAGUGAUAAUCUUCGUUCUCUACGUAAUAGCAUCCCUUACGAUAAUAGGGAUGAUAUUAGACAAUUCAAAAUACGCACCUAUGUUGGAAGUGCUGAGAUGUUCAGCGUUGGCCUUCCUCACUAGGAGUAUAGCCACGAGCCCAGCCAUCACAGCUCUUCAAGUAUUCUACGUAAUAUCGGCUAUGUUCUGGUGUUUGCAUACGUUGAAACUUCUCGAAAUCAAGAAAAAAGUUGACUAGUUUAUAAUCUUGAAACCAAAAGACAAUUGAUAUUUUAUACUUUGAAGAAUAUGCUUUUUUAAAGACCUUUUGAUUUAUGAAAUGAUUAGAUCUUGAAUGAAAUUGCAUUUAGAAUUCCUUAAUAUAUUAAUUCUGAAUGGUAACAAGGAUUUACAUUUUUUUUUGUAUAAAUACAACAAGUCUAACAGUGACAUAUUGUUUUAAACAAUUUUAAAAUUCUGAUAUUCAUCCAUCAUUAGUAUUAAUUAUAAAGCAAUUAAAAAAAUACUUUUUGUAAUUUCAAGUAUCAAAAUUGUUCAAAUCGAUUUAGAAAAAACUAUUCUUUGAAAUUCUUAUUUAUUGAAGGACUACAGUAAACAUUAGUUGUAUUAUUAUUCUCACGUGCCAAAUGUUUAAAAAACAAUAAGUGUAAUUUUAUAAAAUAAUCCUAUUUAUAAGUUACUGCCAAAUAUGUACAUAAUUAGGUCUAAUAUAUAAAUAAAUGAUAACAUUUAAAUAACUAGUCGAAUA